AUGAACCACUCAGCUGAGCAGUCUUCUUUGGAGGAAAUGGCCCCUGAGAAGUUCGAUGGGACAAUGGCUUGCGUGAUCCUGGGCCUGUCCUUCCUGGUGGGAGCUCCGGGGAACCUGCUGGUGAUCUGGACUAUUCUGAGACAUGUCAAGCAGCGUUCCCACACUGUGGUGCUGAUCCUGCACCUGGCGGCUGCAGACCUAGUGGUCCUUAUCACUCUGCCUCUGUGGAUCUACUCUCUGGCCUACUCCUGGGUGUUUGGAGAGGCCUGCUGCAAAGCCAUGGUGUACGUGAUCAACGCCUGCAUGUACAGCAGUGUUUUCCUCAUCACCGUCAUGAGCGUGGAGCGUUUUAUGGCUGUGCGCUAUCCCUUUGACUCGGUUAACUGGAGGAGAAAGAAAGCUCUGAAUAAAGUCCUGCUGGCCCUGUGGACUGCAGCAUUCCUGUUCAGCAUCCCUGUCAUCCCAACACAGGUUGUUGGGGACGAUUAUGGUGCGGACCACUGUCUGUACCGGUCCUACACUUCUGUAACCCAGGAGCUGGUGUGUGUGUUGCUGGAGACACUAGUGGGCUACAUAUUACCCUUCUCCAUCCUGGUGGUCUGCUACAGCUGCCUUUGUAGCAGGAUUGCACAGAUGACCUUCAAGUCCAAACGCAAGUCUACUGUCCUUAUCGCCAGUGUAGUGGUUGUGUUUGCCAUUUGCUGGACACCUCACCACAUUGGGAAUGUCCUGUCACUCGUCAACCUGGCCAUUGAAAACUCCUUCCCUGAAACAGCACAUAGUUUGGAAAAUGUCCGCAGCACCAUGGCCUUCAUUGCUGGAGCCAUGGGCUUCAUCAGCAGCAGUGUUAACCCCAUCCUUUACAUGUUUGCAGCUCGCUCCUUCAGGAGCUCCCUGAGUGACACGGGUAUCCAGAAGCUCUUCCGCCACAUCUCCAGCACUGCCCCAGGUGAGGGCAACAGGGAGGUGUCCUUUGUGUCCAAGAGGUGCAACAAUCAGACCAGCAGCUCUCAGUGUGUGUUGGAGUCAAAGGACCAAAUAGAUAUAUUAAUACAAAUGUGUGAAAAUAACCCAUCCUGAUAACAAAUUGUGUUUCCAUGUAGAUGUUGAUGUGCAUAUGUAUUUUUUAAUGAAGGAAAUUUUGACUGAAGUGAAGUUCAUUUUGUAUGAAAUUACAACACAGAUAAACAGGAUGUCAUAGUUUAUCUGUGUGAGACUCUGUAAAUGAUCUAUUUUACAUGUAUUGUAUUUAUAAAUGUUUCAUAUCUAUCUACAUCUGUACUG